AUGGCCACUGCGUCUGCUGCGGGCGUAAACAAGCAGGGAGCCGUGCCGACGAUGGAGCCCUGCGUUAGGCACGGAAGGGGGGCAAGCGGGAGCACGGUCAAGGUGCUGGAGUGUGGGGUGUGUGAGGAUGUCUUUACACUCCAAGGGGACAAGGUUCCACGCCUUCUGCUCUGCGGUCACACAGUUUGCCAUGAUUGUCUCACCCGACUGCCCCUCCAUGGCAGAGCAAUCCGCUGUCCCUUUGACAGACAGGUCACUGAGCUAGGGGACUCGGGAGUCUGGGGUCUGAAGAAGAAUUUUGCUUUGCUUGAACUCUUGGAAAGACUCCAGAAUGGCGCUACUAAUCAGACAGGCAUGGCAGAGGAUGCCCUCAAAGGCAUGGGGGAGUGUAUAAUUCGAUGUGACGAAGAUGAGAGCCACACAGCGUCCAUGUACUGCACUGUGUGUGCCACCCAUCUGUGUGCCCAGUGCUCACAGCUCACCCACUCCACUCGUACACUGGCUAAACACCGUCGUGUGCCCCUUGCUGACAAACCUCAUGAGAAGACCCUGUGCCCACAGCAUCAGGUUCAUGCCAUUGAGUUUGUCUGUUUGGAGGAAGCCUGCCAGUCUGGACCGCUCAUGUGUUGUGUGUGUAAGGAGUAUGGGAAGCACCAGGGGCAUAAGCAUGCUGUUCUUGAGACAGAAGCUAACCAGAUACGCGCAUCCAUUUUGGAUAUGGCCCACUGUAUCCGUACCUUCACAGAGGAAGUGUCUGAGUACUCCAGGAAGUUGGGGGGCAUCGUACAGCAGAUCGAGGGGGGAGAGCAGAUUGUGGAGGAUGGUGUUGGCAUGGCACACACUGAACAUGUCCCCGGCACAGCAGAAAGUGCACGUUCUUGUGUUCGGGCCUAUUUUGCAGAACUCCAUGACACGCUGUGCCGACAGGAGGAGAUGGCCUUGAGUGUAGUAGAUGCGCAUGUGAGAGAGCGGCUAAUCUGGCUGAGACAGCAGCAGGAAGACAUGACCAUCCUGCUGUCUCAGGUCUCCACUGCUUGUCUGCAUUGUGAGAAAACAUUGCAACAGGAUGACUGCAGAGUUGUGCUGUCAAAGCAGGAAAUUAGCUGUUUGCUGGAGACUCUUCAGAAACAGCAGCACCAGUUCACCGAGCUGGCAGAUCACAUUCAGCUGGAUGCUGGUAUUCCUGUCACAUUCACCAAGGACAACCGGGUCCACAUUGGACCAAAGAUGGAGAUCCGAGUGGUGACGCUGGGACUGGACGGAGCUGGUAAAACAACCAUCCUCUUCAAGCUAAAACAAGACGAGUUCAUGCAGCCUAUUCCAACCAUUGGUUUCAACGUGGAGACAGUUGAGUACAAGAACUUGAAAUUCACCAUCUGGGAUGUGGGUGGAAAACAUAAGCUCAGACCCCUCUGGAAACACUACUACCUAAAUACACAAGCGGUGGUGUUUGUGAUAGACAGCUGCCAUAGGGACAGGCUGAUGGAGGCCCAUAGUGAGCUAGCCAAGCUUCUGACGGAGAAGGAGCUACGAGAUGCCUUACUGCUCAUCUUCGCAAACAAACAGGAUGUCCCAGGGGCUGUGUCCGUGGAGGAGAUGACGGAGCUGCUGAGCCUGCACAAGCUGUGCUGCGGGAGGAGCUGGCACAUCCAGGGCUGCGACGCUCGCAGUGGCAUGGGCCUCCAUGAGGGCCUGGACUGGCUCUCCAGACAGCUCGUGGCUGCUGGAGUUCUCGAUGUGGCUUGAGUCCUACACUGGCCCCGUGUGCUUAUUUCGAGCUUCACCUUUACCCGUUGAAUUAUCUUACUCAGCCUGAACCGGAAAUCUUUUCCAUAGCCAGUUCCCUAACUACAACUCUUUAACAUUGCAACUAACAUAAACCCCGAGAGGGGCUCAAACCUGACUGUUUUUGUUUGUUUCUUGGUCAACCAGAACUUGUUUUCCACAGUAGUUUACUCUUUAUACCUGCACCGAGCAGAAUAAAAUGAGGGAAAAAAUGAGAGCGUCGAUCAAAAAGCUGUUUAACAGCGGAAAGGCCUUCUGAGCCACUCAUCCCGUCACAUUCACACUCCCGCCAUCAAAAAGACAUGCAUGUUAGGGUUAAUACUCCUGCCUAUGCCCCUGAGCAAGGCAACGGAAAGAAGAACUGGAGUUGGGCCCCAUGCGCUGCUGCUGCCCACUGCUCCUAUACAAUAGGAUGGGUUAAAAUACAGAGGACACGUUCAUUGUGACCUGUACGAUGACAAAAUAGAGCUUAACCUUCGAGAACUGAACUCUAACCGAGAAGUUAGCGAUAAGUUAGCCUCGUUACGACUACAUGCUUGUGUCUGCAGUCAGCGUUAAGCGUGUAAAGCAGUUUUCUAAAGGCCGAUCACGUUGCUGACUUGUUUUGUUUCAGUCUACCUUUGUAACAAACCCCCAGUUCAUUUGGCACCCAAAGCUGGUUUACUCAAGCCGGUCUGAAAUGAGAGAAAUUGUGCCCUUACGAAGUGAAACUUGUCCCCGUUUCGUAUCGUAUGUGUUACUCAUAACCCCCACACGGGGACGUGAUAUUUAAUCACUGCUGAAUGCUGACUAGUCUGAUUUGUGUAACACAACAUGUUGAGUAGUGGAGUUGAACAUCAGUGCUCCUGACAUUUUGAAAAAUAACAUGGCAGAUGAUUUCCAGCCAUCCAUUAUCCAAGCCGCUUAUCCAAAUUAGGGUCACGGGAUGCUGGAGCCCAUUCCAGCAGUCAUUGGGCUCCAAUUAAUUAGCCUAUUAAUUUUCAGGUAUGCGAGCUGGAUGUGAUGGCUGAGCUCAGUACGUUCUGGUUUUGCGGGGGGUUUUUUUCUUCCACCUUAAUAUGUUCUCGGUGUGUGCAUACUUGGUUGCUCUUCUGAAGUCUAGCUCAGUAUAUUCACAUUAUUCGAGCAUCGGUUCCAGCUGGUUAGACCAGUCUAUUCUGUGUAGUUGGUCUUCUUUUGUAUAUUUAUAUAACAUCACAGAAUGCAUAUACAUACGCCCACGGAUGGUUUAAUAUUUUGAAUUUGGAUGAGUUCUCUCUGCCUUGAUGUCUUAUGUAAGCAAUAGAAAUUAAUGUUUUGCGAGACGAGCCGAGAAUCCUGAGAUUCUCGUGCGAACAUUUUUGUGUCUGAGCCGAUUUCAUGCCACAGCUGGUCUUCUUAAUGGCACACGAGUUUAGGGUUGGGUCAGUUUAUGUACAUUAUUUGGGAUGGAGUAUAGUCUGUCACAGCGAGGUUUACUGAUGAGCCCAAGAGCACGUUACUUUGAUGAUAUUGUGAGAAAUAAAGAGCUAAUGUGUGACGGUUCUGCCUACAUUGCGUGGAGUGUCUUGC